UCCACUAUAUUUACAAUGGUAUGCCACUGAAGUUAUUAAUUAACCUAUCUUUUAGGAUUCUUGUCUUUUCUCUUCAAUUAAUGUAUUUCCAAAAUCAAAUUCUAACUAAAAAAUCAUGGCAACAAUAAUUAAUAAACUUAACUUUUAAUAUUUUUUAUCUUUUCCUUUUUUAAUUAUACAUAUGUGUGUUUGAAAAUAAUUAAUUCCAUAUAUACAUUUUGUAAUUACAUACCUUAUACGGUAAUUAUUUUACUAAUUCCACAUAUACAUAAUAAAUAGUAUACAACAAUUUUAUUAUACAUAAUCAUAAAAUUUUGAUCCAUAAAACCAGUUUAUACAACAAUUUUAUUAUAUAUAAUCAUAAAAUUUUGAUCCAUAAAAAAUAAAAAUACAUUUGUGUGACUUUACAUGUCAUAUUCUAAAUAAAUGGAUGAUAUAACUAACGGUUUACAUGAUAAAAUAAAACUACUCAAUAUAAACUAUAAAAUUAUUGUGUUUAGAAAUGUCAUAUUAAAAAAAAAAUUUAAAUAUAUAUUAUCAUUUAUACAAAUAAAUAUUCAUUUAUGAAAAAAACUAACACCUGCGCGGGUGCGCGGGUCAAGCUCUAGUAUAUCUAUAAAGUAAACUACAAAAGAUCCUCUUUCAAACUGUUGUGAUUUCCCCAUCAUGACAUUUGUAUUACAUAUGCUCUGUAUACCAUAAGAAAAUGAUUAUCUAAUGCACUUUGUAUGAACGAUCAAUUUCCCCAUCAUGACAUUUGUAUUACAUACAGUCUUUUAUGCUAUUACAAUAAUUAAAAAUAUUAUAUAAACGAUUCUACUACUCACAAUUCUACCAUUUUAUGAAAACACACGUCUAACUGCAUCAGAGAUCCAUGUCUGAUGGUACGCUCUACAACAUACUGAAGAUCUCUUUUGUAACCAUUUUUUUCAAUAAUCAGCAUAAUUUGGAUUAAAAUAAAAUAUCAAUCCAGUAAAUUUGUCGCUUGAAUUUGGGGUGAGAAAAACAGUGCUUCUUAUUUUCAUUUAUAACAUGCAUUUUCGCUAUGUAAAAGUUCUAUAAUUUUUUGUGCUUCUUAUGUAAUGUUCACACCACUAAACUCCCGCAAAUCUUGAACAUAUGCAAUUGAUUGAUAAAAGCGUAGAUAACCUUAACGUUAUUAGUGCACCAUUUAAAAAAAAAAUAUUAGUGCUCCAUUUUUUUGUUUAUCAUCAUCUUUUGACGUUUCUUUUAUUUUUGUCAACUUUUUUUUGACGUUUUCUACAUCUAUUUAACUUUCUGGAAUUUCUUGCCAUAUGCCACUAUAUGAGCUAGAAUUAAUAGGAUUUAUUACAACCCUUAUAUUUAAAAUGCAAAGUUAUUUUCUUUAUUUAAUCACAAUUUUGGGGAAAGGUGUGAUCAGAAGGUUAUAUAUAGGUGGGUGAGCUUUGGUAAGCUUUUGACAUAACUUGCAAGCCGUAUAUAUUUUCCAUUCUCAAUCACUUUAUUUCGCCGCUCUCAGCUCUCUACUCUCUUUUAUUUCACAAUCCCUUCAAACAUAUAUACAGUAAAACAAUAUACCAUACGGAAUAACAAUAGCAUUAUAGCAAGAAAAAACGCAAUAAUAUUUAAUGGGGAGGCAGCCGUGCUGUGACAAGCUAGGGGUAAAGAAAGGGCCGUGGACGACGGAGGAAGACAAGAAGCUCAUAAAUUUCAUACUCAACAACGGCCAUUGUUGCUGGCGUGCGCUGCCGAAGCUGGCCGGUCUCCGCCGCUGUGGGAAAAGCUGCCGUCUCCGAUGGACCAACUACCUCCGGCCUGACUUGAGGAGAGGCCUUCUCUCUCACGAGGAGGAACAACUUGUCAUCGAUCUUCAUGCUCAUAUGGGCAAUAAGUGGUCUAAGAUAGCUUCAAGAUUACGAGGAAGAACAGAUAACGAAAUAAAAAACCAUUGGAACACUCGCAUCAAGAAAAAACUUGUUAAGAUGGGAAUCGACCCUGUGACCCAUCAACCUCUAAACCAAGACCCUAAUAGUACCGAUAACCCCAAAAACAGUUGUUCAGUUUCCGAUGAUAUCUCAAUGGUUACAAAGAGUAGCAGCACCAAAAACAUAGAGACAAAUGGGACGAGAACAGAAGACGAAAGCAUCAGCACAAUUACUGAUCAAAACAGUUCCAUGGAUAAUGAUAAUCAUCAACUUAGUAACAUUUAUAAUGAUGAAGAAUUGUUUAGUUACUUAUGGUCAGAUGAGAGUACUAAAGCCGAGACUCCGUGGAGUGAUAGUAACUAUGACGUUGGUGGAACAUUAUAUCAUGAUAAUAAUGUUUCUUGCGCAGGAGCAGAUUUUCCGAUAUGUUCACCGGAAAGAAUCAACGGCGUGGAUUGGACGUUUCAGGAUUAUUGUCAAGACUUUGGUGUACAUGAUUUUGGGUUUUAACUCUUCACCAUGACAUAUAGGAAACUAUCACAAGCAUCAAUUAGUGUCAUAUUUUCUGCAUGCCUAGAAUAUACAUAUAUGAAUAAUUAUACGUAUAUAUAUACAGACGCAUACAAAUAUAAACAUAUACUCCAUGUAAAGCAGCAAGGGGGUGCACCAUGGUUUUCCAGUGUUCUUAAUUAGGGUUAUGUUGUACGUAAAGUUCGUCAAAGUCAAGAAAAUAUAUAAUUAACUCCAUCUGUUUUGUAAAAUUGAUUAUUCACAUGUUCUCAAUCUCAAAUCCCAAGAAAGUCGUAUAAGUAUAAUGUGAAUGUAUGUCAUAAUUAUAUAAUUAACUCCAGCAUAUUUUUGUAUUUUUGCCUUUUCCUUAUAAGUAGAGAAGUUGUAUGCAUACUAGUUAUAACACGUGUCAUCAUUAUAAUGUUUUUUAAAAUCUCUAGAAAAAUAUAUUUGUCCACUAAACUUAUAAUUAUAUACUUUUUAUUAUACUAACCAUAAACGAUGCCAAAAAAAAAAAAUAAACCAUAAAUUAAUUAAAAAUCUACAAUUAAUAUUUUUCAUUAUUUCCUUAAAUAAAAGAUACAGAAUUAUCAAAAUUGAAUAGAAUAUAUAUUUGAAAAUUAAUGAUUUAAUAAUUAAUCAUUUUAAUAAUAAAGAUUUCAUAACAAUUUACAUGUCCUAAAUUAUUAUUUUAAUGUUAUAUUAUCAAAAUAAAUUAAACAAUCAUAUUAAUCAUAUAAUAAAAAUUUAGACUUUUUCGUAUAUGUUAUAUUUUGAAUUAUUAAAAACGACUAUAAAUUAUGAAAACUGUUGAAAGUUUCGCAUUGAAUAUUAUGUGAUCAAUGGUUUAAAGCUUUUGAAAUUAGAACUUAGUAUUUUAAUUUCAAAAUUUGCAUUUAAUUUUCAAGAAUGAUUAUAAAUUAUUAAAAAUAUUAAAAAAAUCCACACUAAAAGUUUUGUUAUUAAUCGUUUAAAAGUUUUGUUAACAUUACAAAUGCUCAUAAAACCAUAUGAUUAGGACGCUUCAUUUAAUAUAUAGUCAUAUAAUAAUAUACUAUAUAUCUAUGUUAAUAUUAUUUUAAUUUAAUUACAUAAAAUACAAAUAGAGAAAAUAAUUGCUUAAAUGUAUGACUGUAAAUAAAAAAUAAUAUUUUUUUUAGUUUAUGCAUUUGUGUCAAUUUAAUUAUACACAUAACAGUUAAUAGUUUUUCAAUUAUUCAAUAUACAUUUAUAAACUUGCUUCAUAAUAUAUAAAAAAUGUUAAACAAAUAAUAAUACGUAAAAAUAAUCUGUAUAUAAUAUAUUCAUCUCGUGCAAGGCGCAUGUUUUAAACCAGUUAAGAAUAAUAUUUGAUUACACAUCUAAACUAUACUAAAAGCUAGAUACGAGCAACAGAGAGACCUCCACGUCAGCAAUUAAAAUCAACCAAUUAGAGAGUUACAAUUGAGAAGAUCCAAGGAGGCAUUGAUAUAAGUUAUUGCAGAUUUUGAAGAUGAAAAUAAGGUCAAUACUUUCCAAGGAGGAUAUCUUCAGAAGCCUACCGAGCAAUGAUUAUUUAGAAGGAUAUAACGAAGAUAUAAUGAAAAGAGUUUAGAUGUUAACAAGGCUUAGAGUGUUGGUCUAGGAGGUUCAACUGAUUCCAUUGGUGAAUCAGGUGGAUGGAUGGUUUGGAAGGGAAUGCACACUAGCCAGUUCCUGCAACAGAGAACGGGAAUUGACGAUCAAACAGAGAGAGGUGAAACAUUGACUCCACUUCUGAACAUGUACAAAGCCCAAAUGCAAUUCUUGGUAACCUUACGAGAUCUUAUGAUCUAUUGGAGAGGACGUUACCCUGAGUUUCCUUUGUGAAACGGCCGAGGAACUCCCAAAAGCAAGUUAGAAGCUGCAACUGUAACAAUGGUGUGUUCCUUGGCUUAUCUUCCAACGCACGUUACCAAAUUAUCAACAGCCUUGAACACGUCUUGGAAGGUUCAACAGAAUCCAAACGCAUUCAUGUGGUUGCGGUGGCGUUUAAGGCUGGAGUCCGGUUUUCUAAUAAUGUAUAUGGAGGUGUGCAGUUUGUGGAUUGGGCUUAAUUAUCCGGCGUCCAGUAGUCAAACCGGUUUCAAACCAGCAUUAGGAGUUUCCGUAAGAUCUUUAUAUCUGACGAGUCACAUUCAUAGCCGUCGGGUAUCAGCCGACAUUCAAUAAAGUAAAGAAAUCAUAAAUUGGCUACUUUGUUGUCAGACAUGUAUUAGUCUAUCAAUGCAAACUGGACAACAUAACGAUGUGAAGUAUGUAUAUGAAUUGAAGACUGAGACUACAACAAGAUAAUUGCAACACUCGGUGUUAUUGAACUUUUUGCUCUAUUAUUUCUUUGGAAAAUAAUAUAUUAUCUGCCUAAAUAAGUCAUGUGAAUGCAUAAUAACUGAUUUUAUGAAAGUGGACAUUCUCUUCUUUCACGAAUUAUGCUUUAUAUAGUUGGUCGCUGUCUCGCUGAUGAUUAUUUUUUUCCUUACUCUUUUUUCUUCAUGA